GUGUUAAUAUGGUUGGUUAUAACAAGCUUACACAUAUUUCACUUAAAAAACAUAAAAGAGAUAAUAAAUUUACUAUAAAAACUAAAAAUAAAUCUACUAAAAAAAUCAAAUGUAGUAUUUGUAGAAAAAAAGGACAUAACAAACGUGGUGAAAAUUUAAGAGAAAAAUACAUCGGUAUAUUAAAAGAAAAUUCUGAAUAUUUACAGAAAAAUAUUAAUUUGUUGAAUGUUAAUAAUGCAUUAAAGAGUGAUAAAGAUGAUUUAAUAAAAGAAAAUAAAGAAUUAAAGGAACAAAUUGAAACAGAAAUGGAUAAAUUAAACAAAGAAAUAGAAAAACUUAAAAAGACAAACGAUGCUUUUAAAGUAUUGUUACAAGAAAUGCAGGAUGAAAAUAGUUACUAUAAGAAUUCGGAAAAUUCAAAUUCUUAUGAUAGUGGUUUAUAUGAAGAAAUUUCUAUACGUUUAGAUGAACUCGAAAAACAAAUAGCUACAUUAUCUGGUAUUAAUCAUGAACAAAUUAUUGAAAAUUCUAAAAAAAUAUUUAAACAUAUUAAUCAUGAACUUGGUCAGAAAGAAAAGACUAUUAAUUUUUUACGUAAUGAAAAUUAUGAUCUACAAGGAUUAGUAAAUUUUUAUAAAAAUUGUUUGUACAAAGAAUUGAUAGAAACAAUAAGUUCUUUUUUUGAUAAGUUACUUGAUGAUUCAUUUGAUUAUCUUUUAAAUAUUAGUGUUAUACAAGAUAUAUUAGGUUGUUAUCUUAGUGGAAUUGGAGUUCUUGGAGUUGAUAAGGACUUUUCUUAUUAG